AUGCGCCAACGACAAUACGGCGGCCCCAAGCUGCCAAAGGCGCUGCAGGAACAAUUUGGAGAUCCUGCGAAUCGAGGGAAGGACGGUCGCUCGCGGAACGGACAACUGAAUCGCAAAGACCGUCGAAAGGCCGACCGGGAAGCGAAGAAGGCGCAGAGAUCACACCAUUCGAGCAGACCGCAGGCUGCGCAAAAGCAGGUACAAAAUGAUAGGAGGCAUCCCCAGCCUGCGUCUCCAUCAGAAGAGGACGGAGAAAGCGACGGAGAAUCGCCUCCGCCCGCGCCACUCCCAGGGCGGGAGGACACCCGGAAGCCGUUGAAGGGCAUCUUGAAGAAGUCUCAAUCGGACACGCAGCCUGUGCUGAAUACGGAACCGUCACCGUCGCCUCCACCUAAAGUUUCGCGGGCCGUUAAGGAUCGACUCGCCCAGGAUGAUGCGGAAAUCGCCGGGCUUGAGAAGAAACUAGGUAUCAAGAGAAGGAAGAAGGCAAAAGACCUGGACGAUGGCUUGGAUGAUAUCUUUGGCGAUCUAGGCGGCCUUGAGAGCGACGAGGAGAUGCUUGCUGCAAGAACAUCAAAGAGGAAGCGAGCAGAAGAUAAUGAAUGGCUCGCGACCAAGCGGCAAAGGGCGCUUAAGGAGCAUGCCGAGGACUCGGACAAUGAGGAAUCUGAUCUUAGCGAAGACCUAGGUUCAGAUGAACUGGGCUCGGAAGAGCUGGAUGUAGAGGAGAACAGAGAGGACGACCGUGGUUCGAAUUUCUCAGGUUUUGGCUCAGAGGGGGAUGAGGACGAGCAGCCCCGGGUACGAGAAAACCCAUACGUGGCCCCAGUCGCUCCUAGUACUGUUACGUCGACCAAAUACAUACCGCCCGCACUCCGAGCGCCGCCAUCUUCAGAUGCUGAGGCAUUAGCGCGGCUUAGAAGGCAGAUCCAAGGUCUCCUCAACAGGCUCUCGGAUGCCAACAUGAUGACGAUCCUCCGUGACGUGGAACGGGUAUAUCAGAACAACCCUCGCGGCUAUGUGACGACGACGCUUAUCGACCUGCUAUUUGGGUUGCUGGCCGAUGAGACCACUCUUCUGGAUACAUUCCUUAUUCUUCAUGCUGGGUUUAUAGCCGCAAUCUACAAGGUCAUCGGUCCAGACUUCGGGGCUCAGAUGGUCGAGCGCAUCGUAUUCGAGUUCGACACAUACUACCAGCGCAACAAGGAUGGCUCUGGGAAGCAGUCAACAAACCUCAUGUCCGUGGUCGCCGAGCUAUAUUGUUUCCAGGUUAUUGGUAGCAACCUGGUGUUUGACUACAUCAAACUGUUCCUUGACGAGCUGUCAGAAAUCAAUACCGAACUGCUUCUCAGGAUUGUCAGAGUUUCGGGUUCCCAGCUUCGACAGGACGACCCCACCUCCUUGAAGGACAUCGUAGUUCGCCUCCAGAAGUCGGUUACUGAGGUGGGGGAAAGCAACCUGCCUGUUCGAACGAAGUUUAUGAUUGAGACCAUCAAUGAUCUCAAAAACAACCGAAUGAAGACUGGCGUGACUGCUUCGGCUAUUGCUAGCGAGCAUACCGUCAGGAUGAAGAAGCAGCUAGGGACACUAAAUAUGCGCAAUUUAAAGGGAACGGAACCAAUGCGAGUGGGCUUGACUGACAUCAGAGACACCGAAAAGAGGGGCAAAUGGUGGCUGGUCGGAGCAAGCUGGAGGAAUGACACUGCCAGUGAGACUCAGUAUCGCAAGAGCAGAGUCACCGAGACUGAGGAACUUGUCGCCUUCGACGGGGAAGAGAAUGGCGAAGUUGACCUCGUGCAACUCGCUAGGGAGCAACGUAUGAACACGGACAUCCGCCGUGCAAUAUUCGUCACGAUUAUGUCGGCCACAGACUAUAAAGAUGCUCACAUUCGAUUGCUCAAACUGAACUUGAAGAAAGCGCAGGAGAUGGAGAUCCCUCGCGUCAUCGUUCAUUGCGCUGGGUGCGAGAAGAUCUACAACCCCUACUACACACUGCUUGCCAGAAAGUUCUGUUCGGACCAUAAGACGCGCAAGUGCUUCCAAUUUGCGCUUUGGGACAUUUUCAAGGGCUUAGGGGAGAGGAAAACCGACGAUGCUUCUGAAGAUGAAGACGAGGACACUGAGGCUGCCAUAUCUCUCAGGAGAGUGGUCAAUCUCGGGAAGUUUUACGGCACGCUCAUCGCCAAGGACAGUCUGCAGAUAACCAGCUUGAAGGUUUUCAACUUUCCAUACCUCCGGCUCAAGACAAAAACCUUGGUUGAAGUCAUGCUGGUCACCGUCAUUCUCGAAUCCCAGAAAGGCGCAAAGGGGGGAGCUAAGGAGAAGGCGUUGCUCAAUAUCUUCGUCAACGUUGAUGCUGCCACGGAGAUGAUUGCGGGCUUGCAGUAUUUCCUGAAGAAGGUAGUUAGUAGGACAGAUAUUACGGCGAACAAGACGGAGAAGGAAACGGUGCGACUACGACGAGGUUAUGCAUCGGAAGCUGAGGAAAAGGACCUCGUAAUCAUUGGUGGCGGUGUUGCGGGAUAUGUUGCGGCCAUUAAAGCUGGCCAGGCCGGCAUGAAGGUCGCAUGUAUCGAGAAACGCGGUAGCCUCGGAGGAACCUGCUUGAACGUCGGCUGCAUUCCCUCAAAGUCCCUCCUCAACAACUCGUACCUAUACCACCAGAUCCUGCACGACACCAAGAACCGCGGUAUCAUAGUCGGCGAUGUUAAGCUCGACAUAGCCGCCAUGAUGAAAGCGAAGGACACGUCCGUAACGGGCCUGACAAAGGGUAUCGAGUUUCUAUUCAAGAAGAACAACGUGGAGUACAUUAAGGGCACCGGCGCGUUCCAGGACGAACACACCGUUGCCGUCAAUCUCAUCGAUGGCGGCGAGACCACGGUGCGCGGCAAGAACAUCUUCAUCGCCACUGGAUCCGAGGCUACACCUUUCCCGGGCUUGACCAUUGAUGAGAAGAAGGUGAUCACAAGCACCGGCGCCAUUGCCCUUCAAGAGGUGCCAGAAAAGAUGGUUGUCAUCGGUGGUGGUAUCAUUGGUCUGGAAAUGGGCUCUGUAUGGUCUCGAUUGGGUGCCGAGGUCACCGUAGUAGAGUUCUUGAGCCAGAUCGGUGGUCCGGGAAUGGAUGCUGAGGUCGCAAAACAGACGCAGAAGCUACUCCAGAAGCAGGGAAUGAAGUUCAAGCUUAACACCAAGGUUACUGGUGGCGAUACCGAAGGCGAGGGUGUGAAGAUCAACACUGAGGCCGCGAAGGGUGGAAAGGAGGAGCUUCUUGAUGCUGACGUUGUCCUCGUCGCCAUCGGUCGCCGCCCUUAUACUAACGGUCUGGGUUUGGAGAACAUUGGUCUUGAGAAGGAUGAGAGGGGUCGGAUGAUCAUCGACCAGGAGUAUCGCACAAAGAUUCCGCACAUCCGCGCCAUCGGAGACGUCACUUUCGGACCUAUGCUCGCCCACAAGGCCGAGGAAGAGGGUGUUGCUGCAGUAGAGUACCUCAGCAAGGGAUACGGCCACGUUAACUACGGUGCCAUUCCUUCCGUCAUGUACACGCACCCCGAGGUUGCAUGGGUCGGCCAGAGCGAGCAGGACCUCAAGGCUGCUGGUGUGAAAUACAAAGUCGGCAACUUCCCCUUCUCCGCCAACUCGAGAGCAAAAACCAAUCUCGACACCGAGGGCUUCGUCAAGUUCAUUUCUGACGCGGAGACGGACCGGAUAUUGGGCAUUCACAUCAUUGGGCCCAACGCGGGUGAGAUGAUCGCCGAGGGAACCCUGGCGCUCGAAUGUUGCACGAACAUCACACGCCCAUCCGACGCUCUCGGAAGCUUUCAAGGAGGCCGCUAUGGCGACGUAUUCCAAGGCGAUUCACUAUUAGGCUUGCCUACCGCGAACGCCACCAUGAGUACUUCCGAGCUCGAGCAGCGCUGCAAUGCGCUACGACAUGACUUGAAAAUCUGGGAGAAGAAAUUUGCAGCCUCUCACGAUGGUCGAAGGGCUGAUCGAGAGGACAUUAAGGCGGAUGCAGCUAUAUCGCAAAAGUACAAAGAGUACAAUAAGCUUCGAGACAUACUUUCAGCGAAAGCUGCCCCACAGACACCGUCCAGACGCGCCGCAAGUCGCAAGCCUCCUCGCGAUGUUGAUCGAACACCGACCGCACCUAAAGCCCUAGCAUCUACACCGCUAAAACGAAAAAGGGAAGUUGAUGUACCUACUGCAAAGGCUGUGGACUCGACCGCCGAGCUCCUUUCCCCUCAAGGACCAACAAUGAUCGGACCCACACCGCAACGCGAUGGCAUAGUGUUAGGCUUGUUCGAUCUUCUACCGGCAGAAACACCAAGCAAGGCAAGGACUGUGCUUGGAGAUGUGGCGCCGAACAUUUUGCUCACGCCCAGCAAGAACACAGGGAAGGCGGAAAGCGAGACAUCGCUGGAGUCGAGGGCAAGAGGGGAGAGGACACCAUUGUCUGCUGGGAAGAGGUUCUUGCUGGAUCAGUUCGUAACGCCCAAGAAGCGAAAGCUGGACGAACAAGGCACACCGACGUCCGCAUUCAAGGGAUUUUCUACGCCCGCGUUUCUCCGACGGAGCAAUAUUCUAGAUGCGAUUGACGAGACGGAUGAACCGACGCCGCGGCCUGCGCCUUGGAAACGAAGGGGCCUUGGAAGGAGUCUGAGCAGUAUGAUCCAGUCAUUGAGGAAGCAAGAGGAGGACCGGUUAGACGAGGAAGCGGAUAUCAUGCGGGAGCUGGAGAUGGAGGCCGAAGGUAUCUCCGUACCAAAGAAGCCUACGGUAUCCCAGGUACUCGUGGAGGAUAGCCAAUUCGCGAUGCCUUUAGGGCCGGAUAGAGGUCUAUCUUCAGACGAGGACGACGAUGAGGCGGCCCCUGAUGAGAAGCCAAGGAAGGUUUGGAAGAAAAAGGGGCUGAAGAGACAGACAAGACGGGUCAUCAUGAAACCAAAUUUCACGAAGCCAAAGCCUCAGCAACAGCAGCAGCAAGAAGUGGGAUCGGAGGACGAGGUUGGAGUUUCCGAGACGGAGGCAAAUCCACAGGCUGCAAUCGACAGCGGGCUCUCCGAAGAUGACGGUGACUCGGACUACGCCAGCGACGACUCUCACAAUCCAAAGAAACGGAAGACCCAACAAACGAAGACCAAGGCUGCCCCCACAGCCCAGCCAAAAGGCAGUAAAGCAGGCCAAGCCGGGCCGGUAAAGACCACCGCACGCAAAGUCAAGGCCACUGCACACGCCAACUACCGAAGGCUGAAAAUCAAGAGCAAAGGUGGAAAUGGCGGUAAAGGAAGAUUUGGGCGCAGAAGAUAA